CUCUGAAGAAGACGACUGUGAAGGAGAACGGCCCGCAGUUCGGGCGUGGAAAGGCUGGACUGGAAAUCGUCUGGCUGAGAAUAUCUUGGUGUACACGAGUGCCGAUAAGCACGGCUUGGGUACGUGAGCGAGUCAUGCAUCGAAUAACGGGAAAAGCGGGAGGGGACAGUUUAAUUGAGAUGAGCCCAACAGAGUCGUUCAAUGAUGAUCUGAAUGGCUACCACCAGCAUGCCUCAUCCAGCGCUGGAUCCCACGGGCAGGGUCAAUCACCGAUUGACAAACAACAACAAAGUAAAGACUCUGUUUUUUUCCGGGACGGAAAGCGCAGGAUUGAUUUUGUCCUGUCCUAUGUUGACGACAAAGAUGGUGAGAGAAAACAGGAGAGGAGGAAGGUGUAUGAGGCCAAUCUACUGAAUGUCGGCCUGGAGCUGGAGACAGAAGAUAAAUCGGAAUCAGAAGAUGGAAAGACUUAUUUUGUGAAAAUCCACGCACCAUGGGAAGUGUUGGCCACCUACGCAGACGUGCUGAAGAUCAAGGUCCCAUUUAAGGUCAACGACAUCCCAGACAACAGUGAUAUGCCCAUGAACUGGCUGUCCACCCCUUUUCGUCUGCCGGAGCACAUCAUGCACCCUGAGCCAGACUAUUUCACAGCUCCCUUCAACAAGAGCAAGUCUGACUUCUUCCUUAUCGACGACAAAGACACAUUCUUCCCCCCUUCUACUCGCAACAGGAUAGUCUAUUACAUCCUGUCCCGUUGUCCGUACUUCAAGGAUGAAUGUACAGAUAAAGACAAAAAGGGAAUCAAGAGGUUACUCAACAACGGCACAUACACUGCUGCCUUCCCUCUGCAUGAUUGUAGAUACUGGAUAAGAUCAAGGGAUGCUAACUGCGAAAGUGAGAGAAACACUCUCUACAAACACUGGGCCAGAUUCUUCUGUUUCUUCAAGGAGCAGCCCCUCGACCUUGUAAGGAAGUACUAUGGGGAGAAGAUAGGUAUUUAUUUUGCGUGGCUGGGGUUCUACACUGAAAUGCUGUUGUUUGCUGCAGUAGUCGGGACAAUUUGUUUCAUCUAUGGAUUCCUCACCUAUGAUGACAACGAGUGGAGUAAAGAAAUAUGUAGUGAGGAAAUCGGAGGCAAAAUUGUCAUGUGCCCGCUGUGUGACAAGAAAUGUGGCUACUGGAAACUCAACACAACAUGCAACUCCUCAUGGCAAUCACACCUGUUUGACAAUGUGGGAACAGUGUUUUUUGCCAUAUUUAUGGGGAUUUGGGUGACUCUGUUUCUGGAGUUCUGGAAGAGGCGGCAGGCUCGUCUCGAGUACGAGUGGGAUCUGGUCGACUUUGAGGAGGAGCAACAGCAGCUACAGCUUCGGCCAGAGUAUGAGACCAAGUGCACCAACCGCAAGCUGAACCGUAUCACUCAGGAAAUGGAGCCAUACUUACCCAUAACAACCAAGUGUGCACGCGUAUGUCUGUCUGGAGCCACCGUCCUGUUCUGGAUCUCAUUGAUCAUUGCCUGCAUCAUUGGGGUGAUAGCAUACCGGUUGGCGGUAUACGCGGCCUUCGCCAGCAUCAUGAAGGACAGUCCUGCCAACAGUCUGCAGGUGGUUGGCCCCUUCAUCACGCCACAGCUGGCCACCUCUGUCACUGCCUCCUGCAUCAACUUUGUCAUCAUCAUGAUCCUCAACCUCAUGUAUGAGAAAGUGGCUGUUUGGAUCACUGACAUGGAAAUUCCCAAGACGCACCUGGAAUACGAGAACAAACUGACGGUGAAGAUGUUCCUCUUCCAGUUUGUCAAUUACUACUCCUCCUGCUUCUACGUGGCUUUCUUUAAGGGCAAGUUUGUCGGCUAUCCUGGAGAUUAUGCUUAUAUGUUUGGCAAGUGGAGCAAACUGAGGAAUGAAGAGUGUGACCCUGGUGGCUGUUUGAUUGAGUUGACCACCCAGCUGGUGAUAGUGAUGACUGGUAAACAGGUGUGGGGCAACAUCCAAGAGGCUCUGGUCCCGUGGCUAAUGAACUGGUGGGGCAGCAGGAAAGCAAGAAAUCACCCGGAGAGCCUGUAUAGCCGCUGGGAGCAGGACCACGACCUGCAGGGCUUUGGACAGCUGGGCCUCUUCUACGAGUACCUGGAAAUGGUGAUCCAGUUUGGUUUCAUCACACUGUUUGUCGCCUCCUUCCCGCUGGCACCCCUGCUGGCACUUAUCAACAACAUCAUCGAGGUUAGAGUGGAUUCCUGGAAGCUUACCACUCAGUUCAGACGUCCUGUGGCAGCAAAGGCUCACAGCAUCGGAGCCUGGCAGGAAAUCCUCAAUGGGAUGGCCAUACUCUCUGUUGUCACAAAUGCAUUUAUUGUGGCCUUCACCUCUGAUAUGAUCCCUCGGCUUGUGUACAUGUACGCCUAUCAGCCACAGGGUGAGAUGAAUAUGAAAGGCUUCAUAAACAACAGCCUGUCUGUGUUUAAUAUCUCUGAGAUCCCAAUGGCCAACAGGCCUGAUGACGAGGAGAACCCUCUCUGGUUCAACAGCUCCAUCACUACCUGCAGGUAUCGUGAUUACCGCUACCCUCCUGGCCAUGAGAAGCAGUACUCCCACACUAUGCAGUUCUGGCAUAUUCUGGCCGCCAAGCUGGCUUUCAUCAUUAUCAUGGAGCAUGUCGUGUUCAUGGUCAAGUUCUUUGUGGCCUGGAUGAUCCCCGACAUUCCCUCUGACGUGAGGGCUCGAGUAAAGAGAGAGCGCUACCUGGUCCAGGAGUACCUCCAUAACUAUGAAGUGGAGAAGCUGAGAAUCCAGCUCAGCCAAAACAGCCACAAUGAUUGUACUUGCACGCCCAUGAUCUAUCCGUCUUUACCCCAACAUGAGGUGCUGUCAGAGUGUCUCUAGCCCAGCGAGCUGCUGGCCAAUCAGAGGUUUCUUCAAUUCACAGCCAUCCCUCUUCUACUAAUCUGCUGAUAGUGGAAGUGCACACAGGUGAAAGACCAAGUCUCCAUGCAUGCUGAAGGCUGAGGCACAUGAAUUUAAACCUUUGUCUCAUAUUUAUGGCUUUUCACUCUCUAUGUUGUAAUCAUAGUGCUGAGGAUAAUCAACAUUUGCUGUAAGGAAAGACAGAGGAAUCGUAUACACUGUGUCUAAGACAGGCAACUUACUCUUGUUUUAAUAUAAGACUAUUUAUUUAAGUGCCACUAUGAGUAACCAAAGAUCAAAUGCCUUAAUAUGUCACACACUUAUUUUUGGUUCCAUCUGCCAGUACAAUAACAACUGAUAUUAUUUGGAAACUGAGAGCUUGCUUAUGUUGGGUUUGAGUAUUUCCCUUGUUCGUAUGUAUGAAGGGUUUCAGUGUCAUGUACUGUAUGUUCAACUCGAUUUUUGUUUUUGUUUUUACAGUUACUGCAACAAAUGUGAGCAUUGUUUAUUGGACAGCAUUGAGGUCACUGCACAAAUGUAACACAAUUUUGCCAAAUUAUUUUCUCCACUACUUCACAUUUAGCUUUAAUAUUGUAAAAGCCCAACAGUUUCUCCAGGCCAAUGUCUGAUGUGAAGUAUCUUUUUUAUAAAGACAAAUCUGUGCUGCUGUUACUACUGUGAGUAAGGGCGAUUUCUGUCCUGCAAUGGCCAGUUGUUGAGCAGCAGCAGCUGCUGCUGGUACAUGUUGAUUGUUGACAAUGAGUCCUGUGCCUGGAGAUGAGAAGUGAAAAGCCCCGAGAGAGUGAAGAGAUCCCUUUUUAAUGUGCCUCUGUUUACCAACACAUCGAAGCUAAUGAAAGCCUGCCCCUACCCACUGAACUAUGUUUGCUCCAUUACACAAAGCACGUCAGCCAUCGCCUUGUUCUCCUGGUUUCCUCAGCUGAGUCCGUGUAGAGAAGGAAUUCUUUCAUUCAGUCUUUUUUUAUUAUUAUUAUUUUGCAAAAAGCACUUAAUGAAACUACCCAUACAUAAACAUGGCAGUCUAAUUGUUGUCAUGACACUUCGUAUUCAUAAUCAGUGUUUUGAAGCUGCAGUGCAUGAUAAUCUUUGUUCAUUUAAACUGAAGAAGCGUUGGGCUGUAGGUAAGAAGGAGUUCCCUGUUCUGGCUGGCUGUGCUGCAAACUGAGGCAACUAAAUCUAUGUUUAUUUGAGAUGCGUGUGGUUGUGACCACAUAGCCGAGAGCAAGGUAGGACUGUUCCAGUUUUCCUUUACAUGCCCUGCGCUCAGCUAACAGCUAACUCAAUGCCUGUUGAUGCCUUAAUACAUCUAAUACUUUUUUUAUUCCAUUGUACGUAUUUUUUCUUAUGUCUUCUUUUGUUAUGCUUUAGUAAUUAUAUUUUAUUUUAUACCAUUUGGAAAAAAACGGUGAACCUGUUUACUGUAUGGUUAAAGUUACAAUUUCAUGUUCUCAUUAAUUUCCUGUAAUUUCUUUUAUAAUUGUCCUGUAUCCAAAUGUGUAUUGUAAACAAAGUUAAAUCUCCAAAAUAAAGUGCCAGUUCAACUUGA